CCUGCACUCGAAAUUUGUUGCAAUGGGGAUAGCAAAACAGUCUUCUAAAUUCAGCAUCCUUCGGUUGGAUUUCAUUCAAUUGAAAAUCUAUUGCAAGAGUAACAAUCUUCACUGCGCCGCCAUUAAUGGCUUCUUCUUCUUCUUCUUCUUCUUCUCUUUCAUCUCUCCUUGUCCUUCUCAUUUCUCUCAUCUUCCUCCUCCUUCCCUUUCAUUCCAAUGCCAAUCUUCACAAAAUCAGGCUCCGCCACUCCGAUCUCCUCUCCGACUCCGGCCUCACAACAACCGCCGACUACACUACUCCACCGACAGUUUUCUUCGAAGUGACCAAACCCAUCGAAACGCCUAAGGCCAAACCAUGCUCUCUCCUCGUUCUUCAGCACGAUUUCGCCUUCACUUAUGGAAAAUCUCCCGUUCUGGCAGAUUACACCCCUCCUUCUCAUUGCUCGUUUACUAAAUUCUCGAAGAUUGUGCUUGAAUGGACGGCCACUUGUCAAGGGAGGCAAUUUGAUCGAAUCUUCGGCGUUUGGCUUGGUGGGGUUGAGAUUCUCCGGAGUUGCACGGCGGAGCCUAGGGCUACGGGGAUCGUUUGGACGGUUCAGAAGGACAUUACGAGGUAUGAUUCGUUACUUUCGAAGAAUCAAACUCUGGCUGUUUAUUUGGGUAAUCUUGUUGAUAAGACUUAUACUGGGAUAUACCAUGUGAAGAUUCAUGUCCACUUUUAUCCUGAAGCUGAUACUGGAGUGUCUUCUGAGAAAUUAGGGUCUGCUUAUGAUUCUGAUUCUAGAGCUGAUUUAAUUUUACCCAUUUCCCGGAAUUUGCCACUGAAUGAUGGAUUAUGGUUUGAAGUUCAGAAUUCAACUGAUGUUCAGUCGAAGGAAUUUGAAAUUCCCCAAAAUGUUUACAGGGCUGUGUUGGAGGUUUAUGUGUCUUUUCAUGAGAAUGAUGAGUUUUGGUAUUCAAAUCUUCCAAAUGAUUACAUUAUUGCAAACAAUCUUACUGAUACACCUGGAAAUGGACCUUUUAGGGAGGUUUUAGUCAGUCUUGAUGGUGAGAUUGUUGGUGCUGUUUGGCCUUUUACUGUUAUCUAUACGGGAGGUGUGAAUCCCCUUCUUUGGAGACCAAUUUCUGGAAUCGGAUCCUUCAAUUUACCCUCUUAUGACAUAGAACUCACACCAUUUUUAGGCCAUUUGUUAGAUGGAAAGGUUCACAACUGUGGGUUCAGUGUCACCCAUGCCUUGAAUGUAUGGUACAUCAAUGCAAACCUUCAUCUUUGGUUGGAUGAUAACUCUGCAAAAACUGAAGGAAAGCUUUUGGAUCAUAUCGUCUCGCCCCCUUUCAUUUCCGUGGAUUUGAACUUUACAGGUCCAGAUGGAACAUUCUUGACAAAGGUAACUAGAUCAGUAUCAUCAACUGGAUGGGUGAAAUCCUCUUUUGGAAUCAUCAAUACUCAAUCAAAUCAAGAUCUUAGUUAUAGUAAUUCGAUGGUGAUGGGAAAUAAUGGGAGCAGCCAAACUGUGACCCAGGAGAUUCAAUUCAACGGUAGUGUUUAUGCCAAGCAGGAAUCUUCUCAUGUUUAUUCAUUCAAAUCUCUCAAAACUUUUCCUCUUUACAUGUACUCAAACACCAUAGAUGAAGGAAAUGGAACUUACCAAUCUAUAGCCAACUUGACAUUGGGAUUCAAUGAGAAGAAAACAGAUGGAUUUGGAUCAUUUACGAGCUCUCUUAAGAAUCUUCAAAAUGGGCAGGGGUUAAUGGUUGUGAAAGGCCAUUUGGUGACAAGUGGGUUGGGAAGUACACAGCAAGAUUACAGAUAUCAUGAUGAUAUACAAUGCUAUUCAAGGAACAUAAGCAGCUCUAACUACACCAUUCUGUAUGAUAAUGUAAAGGAUUUCUGUGGCAGAAAAACUAGAAUCCUCAGAAAGCUAGGGUUUAGAGGAGGGUCAAUUCCUGCUAGAAGGGCUUUUCUAGAUUCAAAUUUGCAUGUUAAUAAUAGUCACGUUUAGAAGAAUAAUCUUCCUGCUAUAUACCGAAUGUUUAAGCUGUCAUUUCUUCAGAGAUUCCUGCAUGCAGGUAAUCCAAAUUAAACUGCUCUCCAGGUUCUCCAAGCUGUAAGAUUCGUAGAUCAAAUAAAAAGUUCUCUCUCUCUCCCUUCUCUCUUUC